AACUAAUUGCACAAGAUUAGCUCCUAGUUAGACUAACCAAAAGAAAAUUACUAGGUAAAUGCUUCUCUGUGUCUGUAUAUAUAUGACAUACGUGUGUGUAUGAAAAUUCACUACCAACAAUCACUGCUGCCGCGUCAAUGGCUUCAGAAGGAGGAGAGAAGCCGGAGGGCUCCUCGAAGGUCGACUGGAUCAUCAUGUUGCUUAGGGUGGUAGCGUUUCUACUAACGCUGGCAGCUACGCUGGUUAUGGCGCUCAACAAGCAGACCAAGACCAUAGCCAUCGCGACAAUCGGAACAGUACCUCUCCAAGCCACCCUCACUGCCAAGUUUCAACACACUCCUGCAUUUGUGUUCUUUGUGAUUGCUAAUGGCAAUGCUGCUCUUCACAACUUGCUGAUGCUGCUGCUCGGUUUUGCUCGAUCCAAGUUCAACUUUAAAGGGCUCGCUCCCUUGGUUAUUCCGGUCUUGGACUUGGUGAACGUGGCGAUUGUCUCCGGCGGCGCAAGUGCGGCGGUGUUCAUGGGGCAGCUGGGGAGGAAUGGGAAUUCCCAUGCGCGGUGGAACAAAAUAUGCGACAAAUUUGAGAGCUUCUGCGACCGCGGCGGCGCCGCCAUGAUCUCUUCACUCGUUGGGCUUUUGCUGAUGACUAUAAUCUGCGCGCUUUCUAUCAUUAGGCUUCGGAAUCAUUACACUUACAACAAGCUUGCUCUCAACUCUUCUACUGCUCCUUAAAUUAUCUCUAUCCUCUGAUUGUGAUUUCUAGUUUUCAUGUUAUUGUGUUAUUUUCUUUUUCUUUUUUGGAGGAAAACAUGGUUAGUUUGUAAUGUUGUUUGAUAAAAUUAUGGAAUAACCCAAGGUAAUGUUUGUUUC